AUGUCUAAUGAACCUAGUGUGAUGUACCUGUUGGCCACGUUGAAGCCGGACAGGUGGUCGACAGCAUUCGUGGCGUACGAGGAUAUCCACGACGCCAAGAAUGCCGUUGACCACCUGUCUGUGUUCAACGUGGCCAACAGGUGGGCAAGAAGUUUGACCAGAGGAAGAAGGAGGAGGAGAUCUAGAGGCUUCAGGAGAAGUACGAGAUUGGGAAUCCAGCUUCCAAGUGAUCUGCCUGAGUUUGGAGAAGAAGCUCCGUCGGGAAGAUCUGGACUUUUAUUGAAGACAGAUAUUCAGUUGGGUUUCAAUUGGAAUUAG